CAUUACCUGCGAGGAUAUCACGAAAUUUAAUGUAAUAUUUAUUUGAUAACGAGUAGAUAUAUAAAAUUAAACUAACCAGGAUGACAGGACUGGUAUGGUUGGUGGCCAUUAUAGUGAUCCUAGUUGGUUUGCUACAAAUUCCUCUGCUAUGUGAUCUGAUUCGGUCGUGUGCGCCCAACAGAGCCCCUAAACGGAUUGUAGGCCCAGUUCUGGACACCAUUGUCGUCUGUAUUAUGUGUGUGGUGUUCACAGCAGUAUUUCACCUUUUCUUCUGGGUAUUCCUCCCGGCUCACCUGGAGUACAAAGAUCCCUGGUUAAACUCCACCGGACUUUACCAUAUCGCACUGUUCUGGUUCCUUUUCCUAAACACUAUCUCAAACUACACCUGUACUGUCUUCACUGAAGCGGGUACCCCUCCCCGUGUUACUAUGACGCCUGACACCGCCAUGUCAAUAUCUAUCGAGAGCUGUAUUCCUAAAGAAAAGAUCUGUUUGGAAUGUAAGUGUAUGAAGGCAGACACAACACACCACUGUAAAGCCUGUAAACAGUGUAUCAUGCAUAUGGACCAUCAUUGUCCGUUUGUGCUCGGAUGUGUGGGGCUCAACAAUUACCAUUACUUUUAUUCUUUCAUGGUAUAUUUCUACAUGGGUAUGAUUUAUAGUAUCUACCUGACUAGUGGACCAUUCCUACAUUGCCAUGGCUGGCCCUACGAAGAAAGGACAUACAAUUGUGACGAUGGUGUUGGCAUAGUUAGCCUAAUGUUUGUGGUAGUAUGUCUGAACCUGCCCGGUGCCACUCUCAUGAACUCCUUCAACCUCCUGGCCCUAUUCUCCAACACCUCCACCAUGUCCUGUCUCCUGGAGUCUCUCAACGCUGGACUCCUCGUAUCCGCUAAAGGUCUCCUCAGCCGGCUCUCCCUCAGGAGUAUCACAGAUUCCAGGUCUAGGUUUCACAUUUUACUGAUCUCUAAACGCGAACACCCCCUCUUGUUCCUCAUUCCUCCUGUCUUGACUGCAGGGAAGUUGUUCUUUCAACACUUUCUCACCAAGAAGAGAACAAUCCAAUUCAAGUUUCCUAGACUUCCUAAGAAAGUUAGUCUGACAGCUUGAUCUUAGGUUCAGUAAGCUUUGCGUUAUGAUGUGAUAAAUUGUAACGAUCGUACGUAACAAUUUCUGGUUUAUAAAUUUUACACUACUUUUGGGGGAAAUUUGCUCUGUAAUUAAAUGUAAAUUUGUCGUUUUACUUAUGAUUAUUAUUAUUUCAAGUCGCCAGUAUAAUUGUAUCCUUAUUAAAUUUUUCCUAUGAUUUCUAAGAACUAGAAUUGGCUAAGCAAUUUAUAUUAAUUUCUCUUAAAGUUAUAUAAGCGUUCUAGAACUUACGUUUGCCACAUUUACAUAAUAAAUAAUAAUGUAUAGACAGCAGUACAGUUUGAUGUACCUCAAUAUUCAAUAUUUAUUUCCAUACUAUGUGGACAAAAUUUACAUAAGACAGCAGUACAGUUUGAUGAACUUACUUCAAUAUUCAAUAUUCAUUUCCAUACUAUGUGGAAUUGAUUACUUUUUGUGGUAUAUUUCUAUGAUCACUGAUUUGAUUGAAACGCCACUUUUAUUUAUAUUGUGUAAUGUGUUGUAUUCAUAAGCGCUAGGCGUUACAUGAGUAAGCUGUGUGAAUCUUUUGAAAAGUUUUUUAAAGAUACCUCAUUGCUCUGAAAGUGAUUUGAUAUAUUGUAAUGUGUACAUUUUAAGUAACAAGACAUAUGUUUAUAUUUUUGCAAUAUCGUUUCAUUGUCAUUACCAUCGGCAGCAUUAUUUAUCAUAAAUUUGCUUUGCAUUCGCUC